CAAUGAGGAUUUUCACAUCUUUUAGUCUUGCUUCUCUUGGUGUGCUGCAACUAGCUUCUGCAAAGGUCUAUUUCAAGGAAACAUUUUCUGAAGACACUCUCCACAGCCGCUGGGUGGUUUCUGAGAAACUUACCGAUUAUGGCGCAUGGAAGAUCACCCCUGGAAAAUUUUAUGCAGACUCGGGGUCAUCCAAAGGCCUGCAGACAUCCGAGGAUGCUCGCUUCUAUGCCAUUUCUGCCGCAUUCGAUCAAGAGUUGGAUAACAAGGACAAGCCUUUUGUAGUUCAAUUCUCUGUCAAGUUUGAACAGAAUAUUGAUUGCGGUGGUGGCUAUGUCAAGAUCAUGCCUAAACCUUUUGAUCCUAAGGAAUUCGAUGGUGGUUCGAAAUACAAUAUCAUGUUUGGCCCUGAUAUUUGUGGCCAGAGCAAGAGAAUUCAUGCUAUUCUCAACUACAACGAAGAAAACCACUUGAUAAAGCAAACGAUUGAUCCUGGAUCUGAUCAAUUGACUCAUCUUUAUACGUUAAUCAUUAAUCCUGAUCAGACAUACCAGAUUCUUGUUGACUUGGAAGAAAAAUCUAGUGGAUCUAUUCUUACUGGCUGGGACAUACUUCCACCUGCCCAGAUUCCAGAUCCCAAGGCAAAGAAGCCUGAUAACUGGGUUAAUAACCCUGAUAUGGCUGAUCCUACAGACGUCAAGCCUGAAGACUGGGACGUUGCAGAGUUUAUUAAGGACCCUGAAGCCCAAAAGCCUGAAGACUGGGACGAUGAUAUGGAUGGUGAAUGGGAACAUCCUAUGGUCAACAACCCCGAGUAUAAGGGUAUCUGGGUUCCAAAAUCCAUUCCCAAUCCCGAGUACAAAGGCGUGUGGAUUGCUCCCAUGAUUGACAAUCCUAAAUUUGUGGCUGAUCCAACUCUUCACGCGUACAAGUCUGCCUACAUUGGCUUUGAUCUGUGGCAGGUCAAGUCUGGCACUAUCUUUGAUAACAUUAUCGUGACCGACUCUAUUGAUGAGGCUAUGAAAUUCGCCGAGGAGACUUACGUCAAGGAUGCACCUGCAGAGCGUGAAGCCAAGAAUGCACUAGAUGCUGCAGAAACUGAAAAACUUAAACUGCAACAAGCUGAUAUAAUUCCAGAUGGAUUCCCAGAUAUGCCAUCAACUAACCAAGAGAUGCUGGAUGAAGAGGAUGAUGAAAAGGACGAGCUUUAAAUAAAGUUUACUUUUGUUGUG